GCCCACAUGCCUAUCGAGUUUGUGUGCAAAAUCAAGUUCGCUGAGGGAGAUGAGGCUAAAGCAGCCCCACCCAAAGGAGGUGGUGGUGGCCCGAUUGACAAAGGAGCAGGCAUGGCUGAUCUGGCUGCUUUUGCCAGCUCCUCAUCUCUGCAUGGCUUGGCCCAGGUGUUGGGGUCAUCAGGAACAGGCCGGGCAAGCAUGAGGCGGACAAUGUGGGCGCUGGCCCUGCUGGCAUCACUGGUGCUCUUCCUGUACCAAGCGUCCCGGAGCACAGGUACUUACCUGGAGCACCCACAUGUCACUGCGCUGAGCGAGGAAAGCCGGCGUGAGCUCACUUUCCCUGCCAUCACACUGUGCAACGUGAAUCGCUUCCGCUUCUCUGCACUCACCGAUGCUGACAUCUACCACCUGGCCAACCUGACUGGGCUGCCACCGAAAAGCCGUGGUGGGCACCGACCAGGGGAGCUGCAGUACCCGCCUCCUGACAUGCUGGACAUCUUCCAGCGCACAGGCCACCAGCUUGAUGAGAUGCUGAAGAGCUGCAACUUUAGCGGACAAAACUGCUCUGUCCAUGACUUCAGCGUGGUGUACACGCGUUACGGGAAAUGCUACACCUUCAACGGGAACAAGACCUCACCAAAGCGGACACGGCAGGGGGGCAUGGGAAAUGGCCUGGAGCUGAUGCUGGAUAUACAACAAGAUGAAUACCUCCCUAUCUGGAGAGAGACCAAUGAGACCACUCUGGAGGCUGGGAUCCGUGUUCAGAUUCAUAGUCAGGAUGAGCCUCCCUACAUCCACGAGCUGGGCUUUGGAGUUUCACCAGGAUUCCAAACCUUUGUGUCCUGCCAGGAACAGAGGCUGUCGUACCUACCGCAGCCAUGGGGAAACUGUCGUGCAUCGUCAGAGCCAGUGAUCCCUGGAUACGACACGUACAGCGUGAGUGCCUGCAGACUGCACUGUGAGAGCGUCCAGGUUCAGAGAGAGUGCAACUGUCGGAUGAUACAUAUGCCAGGAAAUGCCGACAUCUGUACGCCAACAAAAGUGAAAUGUGUCGACAGAGCACUUGCUUUGCUGGAGGUAAGCACAGGAGAUUCAUGUGUGUGCGAGACUCCGUGUAACGUCACACGUUAUGCAAAAGAGCUCUCUAUGGUUAAAAUUCCCAGCAAAGGGUCAGCACGCUACCUCUCUCGCAAAUACCGCAAGACUGAGGAGUAUAUCAGGGACAACUUCCUGGUCCUGGAUGUUUACUUUGAAGCCCUGAACUACGAAACGAUCGAGCAGAAGAAAGCAUACGACAUAGCUGGACUGUUAGGGGACAUCGGAGGCCAGAUGGGACUUUUCAUUGGAGCCAGUGUUCUCACAAUAUUAGAGAUACUUGAUUACAUCUAUGAGGUAAUCAAAUAUAGGCUCAAAAGACUACUGAGACCACAAAAGUACCAGAACCAACAGAGCCAGAGGAACCAAAUCCAGAGAACAAAGAACCACCGUGAUCUGAAUCUAAGGUCGCAGCUAACACCAAGCACUAUUGCAACAGUCAGACUAGAGGAAUUCAAGCCCAGAGAGGCUAGCGAUGGGACAAGAGCUCAACCACACAGUGUAUAUCCAGCUUCAGUGUUACCAAACCACCACACACAAGCCACUGGACAGGAAGACUUUGCUUGCUAGGAGAUGAUUUCUCUUUAGCGUUCCUCAAUGUCUACAAUAAUUUCCCAUUAGACUUUUGGCACUUGGAUGGAACCACACAUUGGAGUAGGACAUUAUGUUUAAUCACCUGUAUAAGCUGCAGCCAAAGUCAAGCCCACAUGGAGCUCACACUCAAUGCCCCUUUUUAGCCAAUGCAAGGUAUGUGGCUAGGUUGGGGGUCAAACUGGCUUAAACCACCUCCGUUACAUCAGCACAUAUUCGUAUUGGCAUCGUUCUGCAGUAGCACCAGUGGAACAAAGCCAAUUUGAU